CACUACUGGAAUCCAACCAGUUGAAAUGUGGCAUCCGUGUAUCUCGAACGGUGUGAUUCGUAGCUCCGUGUCGGUCGUACGUUUAUCGCGGUGAGCAGCAUGGCGGAUAAAAAAUGUACAGAAGAAGCGUAUCUGUAUGAGCUUCCAGAGUUAAAAUCCCACUUGGUACAAGUGGCGAAACGAGAACUUGGCGAAGAUGACCUUGUACGCCAGCAGUCUCUGGAACAGAUGCGAGCUUGGGUAGCCAAAAAUCAUCGCAUCAAAAACUGCAGAACAGAUGAUCGAUUUCUAUUGCGAUUUCUACGUGUCAAAAAGUUCUCGGUGUUUAGAGCAUGCGAAAUGCUAGAGAAGUACCUGAUAAUGAGGCAAACCUAUCCGAAAUGGUGUCAGAAUUUGGAUCCGCUCGACAAAGAUCUGCAAGAGUUGAUAAAUUACUGUGCCUUACUGCCGGUGGCGAGAGACAGCGAGGGUCGAAUAGUAUUAGUUGGAAUCGUGCGGAAUUUCAACGCCCAAAAGCACAAUUCCGAUUCUAUGAUUCGGUUGAAUAUGCUCGUUACGGAAUCGCUGUUCGAUGAUGAGGCCAAUCAAAUUGCCGGUUUCACACACCUGUUCGACAACAGUGAUAUGAGCAUGGCGCACGUGACCUGCUGGUCGAUGGACAACCUGACCGGAUAUCUACGCAGUGUCACUAAUAGCGUUCCGGCGCGUCUCAAGCAGAAUCAUUUCGUUAACGUUCCUGGCUUCGCCAGUCAAGUUAGUAAGUACUGCUUGACGUUUGCCAGUGAAAAGCUCAAGUCACGAAUUUACUGCCAUCGCAGUGUGGACGAAUUGCGACAAAAUAUAGACGUCAAAUUGCUACCAAAAGAAUACGGUGGGAUAAUCCCACUGCAAGAGCUGAACGAGCGUUUCAAGAAACAUCUGUUGCAAAAGCGAGAAAUGUUGCUGGCGCUGGACGAAAUGCAAAUACAGCUAGCGGAGCCAAGCCAUCGAAGUGUUGAUAUGGCGGAUGCUGGGGCAGUGGGCAGUUUUCGGAAGCUGCAAAUUGAUUGAAAGGUGUCACUAAUAUGGGUGCAAUGCUGCAUGCAAUUGUGUUAUUGCAAAAAUGAAAGCUGUGUUCCAAAACAAAAAGUUGCAGCUCCAACAGAACAUGUUGGAAUUUUUUGUUAAUUUAAUUCUUAACGAGACUAGACUUCGGUUCCAAUUUUUUUCCAGCUUCCGUAUAAUAAAUCAUUAAACACGUAUGUCACGACAUUUUCGAAAAAAAAAAUUCUCGUUGUAGUUGAAAUUUUAUAAAGUUUUGAUGAAUUCAGAUAAAAUGCAAAAAUGCCUUGUCCAGUUCUACCGUGGUCGGGUCAUUUCAUUUUUUUUACACAAUCUUCUUUAUUACAAGAGCUUACUAUGACAAUUUUUAAUUUGGUAAUUGACGUAUCAUAAUAGUAAUUAAAUUUUUGCCUUUCUCAUAUAGAAAGGUUAUGCAAUUACUGUAAAAACCGACUUUUGAACCGAAGCCCGGAGGGUUAGUUCGUCGAGUACGCAAAAUGUCUGUGUGUAUGUAACGUUUUUUUUCACUAACUUAGAUUCAAAUGAAAGGUCUUAAAGUCCCAUACAAAAUUCCUGAAUAUUAUUUGGAUCCGACUUUCGGUUCCAGAGUUAUGGGUUAAAUGUGCAAAAAAAAAAUGAAAAUAUGUGUUCUAACUUUUCUUAUAGAUGGCGCGACCGAUUUUCACAAAAUUAGAUUCACAUGAAAGGUCCUAUGGUCCCAUACGUAAUUCUUGAAUUUCAUCCUGAUUCGACUUUCGGAUCCGGAAAUAUAAGGUAAAGUGUGUUAACAAAUUUUAUACCAUCACUGAAAAGGGCGAAAACCCGUAAAAAGUUUUCUAAAUCGACCUCAAAUCUUUUCCAAUUGAUAGUCUUUAUCAGUAGACGGUCAAACAAACCGAUUUCGGUUAUUUUUUUAAGAAUAGAAGAAAAUUAUUUUGAAGAAUACAACAGUAUUAUAUAUGAUAGCAUGAUUGAUAUGAGAAAGGCAUCAUUACACCACUAGGUGGAUUAAAACAGGUUUUUGAAUAAUAUUUUUACGUUGCACGUCGAGUGCGCUAUGCCGGAAAUGUUAAAUAUCUUUCGAUCUAAUAAAGUCUCCAAUUUGCGGAAAUAAGUUGAAAACCCAGCUCAUACCUCUGUGUCAAACGUCAAAAUAUUGUUUGAACAAUUGAAUUAUUAUUAUAAUGAGUUAAUUGACAGACUAAAAAUUUUUAUAAUAGCUAUUUCAUAAGUUAUCUUUACGUUUUGUCUUAGACUUCGGUUCAACUUCAGAAAUAUUUCAUAAGCUCUUGUAACAAGGAAAAUUGUGUGAAAACCGGAAUUGAUCCGUCCAGUUGAACUGGAGAUAAUGAAUCCCAAAGACAAGGUCUUUUUGCAUUUUAUCAGAAUCCACACACUUCACAGAAUUCGGUAAUUUUUUACCGAAUUUUCAAUAGCUGAACGUUCGGUAAUUAAAUUGAUUACCGAUCGUUCGGUAAUAAAUUUUUUGCGGAAUUGUCAAACAACUACCGUACACUGUAAGCUAAACGGAUCUAAAGAAUGCUUCGGUAUUUUUUGUGAUAGUUUUCUUUUGGAUAAAAUUCUGAAUUUGAAUGCAAUUCGGAUUUAAAAAUCAAUACAAAUUUUCAACUUAGGAUUAGUUUGUUCGAAUUUGUCACAGAAACGAGUGAAGAAAAUUGGAAUCAGUCGUGGUAACGAUUUUAUUGCACUAUACAUCAAGGAAAAUUGAAAAAAAAAGUCGAGAAAAAAACCGAAAUUAUGAGCGCCUUCGAGAAUACUGUACAACCCGUCGAGUCCACCAGAUAUUACUCUCGAACCAUAUAAGCCAACACAUAUCGCAGCAAGUGGACAUAGUGAUAUGAAAUUAUUUUCUACCUAUGUAGGUCGGUAUGUUUUUAACCGUACUCGGCGACUAUUCUGAUUUACCGUAUGAAUUGUAAACCUAUCAAAAGAAUUUAGUAAUGAAAACUUGCAAGAAACUGAUCGUCAAAUUUACAUAACUUUUGUUAAACAAAAUCCGUGUACCGAAAUAUCGGUUAUUUCUAUUGAUUAUCGGAAGCUUUCGUCAAAAAAAUUACCGAACAACGGAGUCUAAGUGUGCAUAAAAGCUUUUAAUAAUUCCAACUACGACGAAAAACCUUUUUUUUUUUAAAUCCUGAUGCACGUGUUAACUAAAUUUAUGAGAAGACGCUACCAAAAAAUUUAUGAUUUUUAAAUUCAAAAAUAGUAUUUUCUUGAAAUCCAUUCGAUUUGUAAAAAAAUGUCCAAAAUAUAUAAACCGGUCAUUGCAACCAACAAAUAGUUUGCUUCCGUAUUUCAACGAUUUCGUGUUUAGAAGAAUUGUUUUUCUACGUGUAAAUUGAAAGCAACGUAUGCUCUACUAUGAUACUUUCAAGAAUGAAUACUAACUUCAUCGUUUGUUCUGAAGCAAAAGAGCAUGUUUCAAGUAAAUCGAGAGCUCGAUUAAAAAUCAGCUUUUUAUAUGUACAGUUUCCUGUUUAUAGUUUUAGUAGGAUGCAUCAGUGAUCCUAAGUUAGCUUUUUGGUAAAGUGUUGCUUUACAAAAUAUUCCUCCAUCUUUAUCUUUUAUGUUGUUCUGAAGAUGACGAAAUAUUCCUUCUAAACGAUGAUGCUAUCUUCAAUUGAACCGAUUCGCUCUUUAUAUUAGUUACUAAGUUAGUAUAUAAGUUACUUUCCCCCAAGUAGGUUUACAAUUUUACAAUUUACAAUCACAGAAUUGCAGAAUCAAAUGAUGUCCUAAUGGCAAUAACUAAAUCAUGUACACAAUAGGGCCACCACAUCUGUUCAGUCAGAACUAUUUAAAUUUGGUUCAUAUUGAAAUAAACAAUACAUUCAAAAUAAA